UUGUUAACCUCUAGCCCUUCUAGCUCGAAAAAAUUACCAGAUGUGAAGGUAAGUGUACCACCAAUGCCUCGAUCCAAAAAGAAUACACCAGUUAUUCCAUAUGAUGCUCGUGCCACCUACAUUAAUACAAUAUUGAAGCAGUAUCCUUAUCUAUCCUUACGUCAUAGUGAUGAAUUUAAUGAUUGCUACGAAUUCAAUGACUCAGGGGUAUGCCCAGAAUGUGAGCAAGAGCAUAGUAAAGGGGAUGUAUUUGGUAUAGCUGGUCAAUGCACAAAUGGUCUUGGAUUCUUCUGA